CCCCUGCUGUCCCCGCCAUUGCCGCGCACCAGUCCACACACCACCGCCUUCGCCGCCUCCCUUCGCAGCAAGCAAUGCCUCCCGACGGCGACGCCAACGCCGACCUGGCGUCCGACGAGCUGCAGAGCCUCAGCUUCGGCUCCUCCGACCGCUCGCGCUCCCGUUCCGCCUCCACCGUCUCCACCGCCACCGCCUCCUGCUCCACCUGCUCCUCCGGCCCCCUCCAGCCUCGCUCCGCCCCCUCCUCCGCAGUACCGCGCCUCGGGAGCGUGUCCCUCUCCGACAUCCGCUUCCUGCGGCGCCUCGGCGCGGGGGACAUCGGCAGCGUCUACCUCGCCGAGGUCAAGCGGAAGGGGCCGGCGCCGGCCGGCGCUGCUCUGGUAGCCGCCAAGGUGAUGGACAAGAAGGAGCUGGAGGGGCGGAACAAGGAGGGCCGAGCUCGCACGGAGCGCGAGAUCCUCGAGGCCGUCGACCACCCCUUCCUCCCGCGCCUCUACGGCGUUGCGGAGGGGGACCGCUGGUCAUGCCUCCUCACUGAGUUCUGCCCCGGAGGCGAUCUCCACGUCCUUCGCCAGCGACAGCCGCACCGCCGAUUCUCCGAGGCCGCCGUCAGGUUCUACGCGGCGGAGGUGGUGGCCGCGCUGGAGUACAUCCACAUGGUCGACAUCGUGUACCGCGACCUCAAGCCGGAGAACGUCCUCGUCCGCGCCGACGGUCACAUCAUGCUCACCGACUUCGACCUCUCCCUCAAGUGCGACCCCACCGCCCCCACGCCGGCGCACGUCAUCUCGGACGCCGUCUCCCUCGGCGGCCACGCCUCCACGUCCACCUCCUGCACCAUCUCCUCGUGCAUCGUCCCCGCCGUCUCCUGCUUCCAGCUCUUCCCCGGCCGAGGCCGACGGCGCCGGCGCUGGCGCAGCAAGAAGCCGUCGAGUGGUGGUGCCAACGGCGGCUUCCCCUCCGGCGGCGUCCUCGACCUGGAGUUCGUGGCGGAGCCGGUGGAGCUGCGGUCGAUGUCGUUCGUCGGCACGCACGAGUACCUCGCGCCGGAGAUCGUCUCCGGGGAGGGCCACGGCAGCUCCGUCGACUGGUGGACGCUGGGCAUCUUCAUCUUCGAGCUCCUGUACGGCGCCACGCCGUUCCACGGCUACGACAACGAGAUGACUCUCGCCAACAUCGUCGCGCGCGCCCUCGAGUUCCCCAAGGAGCCGUCCGUGUCGUCCGCAGCCAGGGACCUCGUCACGGCGCUCCUCGCCAAGGACCCCACGCGGCGGCUCGGGGCCACGGUCGGCGCGGCCGCCAUCAAACGGCACCCGUUCUUCAACGGCGUCAACUGGGCGCUGCUCCGGUGCGCCGCCCCGCCGUACGUGCCCCCGCCGUUCAGCAUGGCCAACGUCAAGUCCGGCGCCGGCGCCGGCAACAACAACGCUAACGAUGACAUGUCCGACGACAGUUCUCCCGGCACACCCGUGGAGUACUACUAGACAAGCCAAGAAGCGUCCAUGUACCUGGCGCCAAAAAGAAGCUGCCCUGCCAUUGCCGGGACCCAACUGGGCACCUCUUGUUCGAGUCCGGCCCGGCGCACGUGGUGGGGAUGGACCAUGGUGCAUGGCGCGCACGAGGCAACCGUGCCGGGGGAGCAGGGCGCGCAGGCGCGGCGUUGUCGCCUCAAGUGGUUGCCGGCUGCGUGUCUCCGAGAGCUCGCGCGGGAGCGCCAUGACAAGCGACAACGGGUGCACGCCCUGCCUCGGCACAAUUUUAUAUCACCAGUGUAGAGCUACAAUGAAUAUUCGGAACACUGGCAUUUCAUGCUAUAGUUUUUUAAGUAGAAAUAUACAAUGGAUGUGGUAUUUUCUACCAAAUUCUUGUGGGAAUCUUGUGUUCCGAACGGGGCCUAAUAUGUAACUGUAUCAUAUCAUGUGCAUUACUUGCUAGUUGCUACUUGCUCGCAAAAAAUUAUUUUUUUCGAG